CACCCAAGACUGAAAGGGAGAGAGUGGUGGGUGGGGCCUGGGCUGAUAUCUAAUGAAAAUUUAAACCCCAGCUAUGGCUAUUACAAAGAAAAGAAAAGUGGCUGAUGAUAAGCAUGAAGCUCCAAAGGACAAUGUAUAUAAAAAUAUGCAAGAAUCAAAGGAAACCCACAUAUCCAAUCAUCUGGAUGAAAUUGUUGCUGCUGUCAGCAUUACACCUAGAAAGAAGAUCCAAAACAAGCUGCCUCAGACAGCACUAUUCCAGCCUCCUCGAGAGAAACUCCACUUCUGUGAAGAGAAAGCGAAGUCUUAUUCUAGCAGUCACGAAUAUGAACAGGCUGUCCGCGAGCUUGUACGCUGCAUGGCGCUGACGAGAAUUUGCUAUGGUGACUCACACUGGAAACUAGCAGAGGCACAUGUUAAUCUGGCCCAAGGCUACCUCCAGCUGAAAGGACUGUCCCUGCAAGCAAAACAACAUGCAGAAAAAGCCAAAGAAAUCCUCACCAACUCCAUCGUGCCUCCCUAUAACGACAAUACAGAUGUUUUCAAGUGUUCAAUUGAGCUAUUCCAUACCAUGGGGAGAGCCUUACUCUCCCUUCAAAAGUUUAAAGAAGCUUCCGAGAAUUUGACAAAGGCAGAGACACUUGCAAAGGAGCUGCUGCAGUGUGGAAGGAUUGUAAAGGAGGAAUGGAUAGAAAUUCAAGCACGGAUCAAAUUGUCAUUUGCACAGAUGUAUCAAAGUCAGAAGAAAUCAAAAGAAGCCCUGCCCCACUAUCAAGAGGCUUUAGAAUACACUGAGAUCAGUCGAGGUGAAAAAAGUCUUGAAUGUGUACCAAUAUUGAAGGAAUUGGCAGGUGUAGAGCGAGCCCUGGGAGUUCACGACGCAUCCAUCAACCAUUUUCUACAGGCGCAUCACAUCGUGCUGAGCAGAAACCCCUCUCAAGAAGAGGCAGCAGUCUCUGCACAUUGGGUUGCCCGCGCUGCCGUCGCUUCUGGGGGGAUCGAACACCACGAUGUGGCCAAGCAGUAUUUUCAAGAGAGCAUGGCUAAUCUUAAGGAUGCUGAAGGGAUGGGAAAAGCCAAAUUUCUUUCAAUUCAAGAUGAUUAUUGCCAUUUUCUACAAGUCACCGGACAAAAAGAGAGAGCAAUCUCCAUCCUGAGAGAGUCCCUGGAAGCCAAAGUGGCAGUGUUUGGUGACCUCAGCCCGGAGGUGGCAGAGACAUACCGGCUGUUAGGUGGGGCCGACCUGGCACAGGGGAACCAGAGUGGGGCCCACAAGAAACUAAAGAAGUUGUCCUGGAGAAAGAUGGUGGUAGCUUGCUCCAAGACAGUGGCCAGGGGCUGGAGCAAGGUCGUGGGGGAGUCGAGGGAUGCUGAUAAGGAUGUAGAACCCACGGCACGUGGCAACUCAGAGGAAUGACUGCUAAGGGAAGCAGUGCACAGCGAGCAGCACUCUUGCAGCUACCGAACCUGCCUGGAUUUUGAGGGCGAGGCUUCGUGACACGGCACCCCCCACGAAGCAUCCUUACCAGAGGUGUCAGUUGCUGACGGAUCCCUGGAGCCCUGUGGUCCAACCGUGUCUUCAGGCUCCGUAUAAGAACUUCCUCAGUUGAACUGUUUGUCCUCUUGUUUGAUCGUUCAUUCAUCUAGCAAAUAUCGCCCCUACUCACAUGCCAGGGAAUGUUCUGGAACCUGGGGCACGAAGGCAAGCAACACAAAUGUGGCCCCUCUGGGGACAGCUUGCAGGCCAGUGUGGAAGCGGGUGCUACCUCUUGUCUUUCUGCAGGGGGUGGAAAGCUUCUUGUUUGGUAUUUAAGGAAUAAUAGAAACACAAAUGACUUCUCCCAACCCCUGCAGAUAAAAUCAAAGAGCGUAACAGCAAUAUAACAGUUCCCCAAAAUUCAUCUGGAUCCUGGAAAUUCCAGGGUUUUUGCCCACUUAGAGAAAAAUGAGAAGCACCCUGUACAGGCUGAUUUCAAAUAGGAGUGCACUGGCCUUGGAAGAAGAAUCUGGAGAGCACAAAAUGCCUUUUAUUUAUGCUAUAGAAUAUUCCACCACCGGGAUUUGGGAUUCUUCACUUAGUUCAGAGAGUUGUUUAAAAUGCCGGUCUCCCAGUAGGUUCAAAUAACAUUUAUUGACUUUGUCUCUGACAGUGUCCAUAUUUUUAACAAAAGAAUCAAAAUAACCUGUUUCACACAAAAAUGCUUAAGCAAAUUUAGCUAAGAGCAGCAGAGCACUGAAAAAUUCAAUUUAUGUUUCUUAGGUAAAUACACAGCUAUGUAAAACAUUUCCUAGUAAGGUCAGUAAGGGGGUUAUUUCACUAUUUAAAAUUUUCUGAAUCAGGCUCCUGGCUCUGAGCUGUCAGCACAGAGCUGACGCCAGGCUCGAACCCACAAACUGCGAGAUCAUGACCUGAGCUGAAGUCGAACGCUUAACUGACUGAGGCACCCGGGCGCCCCUCACUAUUUUAAAAAGGUAGCUCUUGAAAACUAUUCCAGCUAGUAGGUGAACCAUUCUUUCCUGAUGUGGUGCCUGGUAUGGUGUCCCUGGGCACUGUCAUCUAAAGGAGAUUAAGUAGGGGCUGAGGACCCAUUUCCCUCUCCUAGUUGGCAUCCCUUUACAUCUCUUCUCGCUUCAGCUAGAACUGGGGGCAAAUCUCCUUAAGGAGGGUAAGUUGCCUUAAAAAAAACCAAAAUCUAUUAAUGCCAGGAAGAGAAGAAUCUUGACUGCCAGGGUCUAGGGAGUAGGGACGGGGAUGGGCUGACCUCUCUCUGGGCUUGAUUAUUGAUUAUGACCUUGUCUCCUACCUCCAGUCUCCCUACACACAAUUUCCCCAGGGACAAUGACCAGCACACAAGGUCUGGAAUGGAGGUGGUUAGUAGAACCAGUGAGAAUUGGUAUAAGCACCGUCAAUUGCCCUGUCCUUGUACCUAGGAAUCUGAAAAAGUUAGCUAAUAGUAUGUUUUUCCCUGGAGAAUGAGGGGCCAGAGAGAAGCUUCAGUAACCCAAAGGGUAGGAUGGAUAUCCCUCCUGAGUUCUGGAUUUCAGAGGCCCUCUGUUGAGGCAGGGUAAACCGAGACCUCAGACCAUCUCAAAUAAUGAUUAUAAUGUCAGUAAAAUGCUAAUGUCUCGGUGAAUGAACUAACACGGAGACAUCAGCUCAUCUCAAAAUGAGCUGCAAGGGAGGUACUCGUAGAUAUGUAAACAGAGAAGGCAGAUGAGUUUAAAAUGAGACCUGAUCUUUCACACGGAGUUAAGGUAUUUCUGGCCAUGUAGGGGAAAAUGAAGUCUGUCCUGGCAAGAACAUUAGCCCUGGACAGCGGCCUCUCACUGCCAAGCAUGAAUGAGGGGAAAGCCUGCUUGCUUCCUGUUUUCUGUCCCUGCGUGAGCACCUCCCUUGCUGGACCCUGCUUGGAGACGCCCCCAGGCUUCCAGCAGCUGGGAGCCACGUGGGAGAGGAGGGCAGGAAGAGUUUACAUCAAGUGUCCUGGGUGUUGGAAACCUGUCCCCAAAAGCAACACAGAACUUUCUCAGAGUUCCAUAAGUUUCCCAAGUUCACAGCAGUUUAUCCGUGGAUUAAAGCAGAGCUGGCCCAAACCCAUGGAAAGAGCAGCAGGCCAGGCCAGGGCCCCCAGUGUGGAUUCCGAAAGCCUGUGGCUUAUUUGGGUGGAGGGGGUGGGAUUUUGGAGCAUUUGGAUUAUAUGCUGAAUGGAAUGACAGAACAAGUUUGCUACUUCCUUGGUGUUACAUAAUUCAACAAAGAGUGAAGGUCUGUUGUUUCAAAACAAAAACAAAAAACAACCAAAAAACCCCAAAACCCCGUCCUAUCUUCGUCUAAUAAUACGUCUUUCCUCCAGAAGACAACCACAUUCUCAGAUUCCAGAACCACAUUUUCAAUUCCUCAGAUUGAACCAAACAUUCAGUCGGUUUUGAUAUUUUCCACAUCUUUUAAAGACAAAGCAUGUUGGCUGCUUGCAUUUUAAUUUUCCUGAAGACCUAAAAAUGGUUGGCAGAUCAGAAUGAAUAAACAGUCUUCAGUACAAAGUCCCCAAAGCCUCAGACUUUUUUUGACUCAAGCUGUUACCGUGUAGAAAAACCAAUUCAAUAUUGUAAAAAUGUAAAGUAUUUCAGAUAUGCAGAAAAGCAUGAAGAAUGUAACCAACACCUUUGAGUUCACUGUCCAAUAUAAGCAAUGAAACAUGUACGGGUCUAUACAGUUGAAGUCCCCACUACUAGCCUUCCCCACCCUGCCUCCAGAUAACUGCUAUCCGGAAUUUGGUAUCAUUCCCACGUUGUCGUAAUUAUUUUACUAUGUCUUUACUAUUUUACUAUUUACUAAAUUAAUUUACUAAAAUUAUUUUGCAAUUUUGUUAUACAUGCUUCUUAAGCUUCAUAUAAAUUAUAUGUAAUAUGUAUUUUAAUAAUAUGUAAUAUAUAAUAAUAUAUAUAAUGCAUUCAACUGCAAUUUGUUUUUUCCUCUCUAUAAUCAUGAGAUUCAUCUAUGUGGCUAUAUGCGCAUCAAAAAUUUGUAUAUCGUACAUGUACCUAUCCAUUACUAAAUAUUGCCAAAUUGUUCUCAAAGUGGUACCAAUUUCAACAUCCACUAUCAAUAUAUAAAAGAGUACUUGUUGCUUAAUACCUGUGAUAAAGCUUGGUAUUAUCAUUAUCAGACUAUAAUUUUUGCAAUUUAAGAGCAAAGGAACAAUGCCCUUGAAGUUUUAGUUUGCAUUUCUGAUUACUAGUGAACUUAGGUGUGUUUAUCAGCCUCUUAGUUUUCAACUUCUUUGAAUAAUAUCUUUUGAUUAUUUUCUAUUGGUAGUUUGUUCUUUAUGCGUCCUUAGUCCUAAUCCCCUCUCGGUAUUGUGCAAAUAUUUUCCUUCAUUGUACUUUAUACUUUCCCUCCUUGUACUUUACUUAAGGUGAAUUUUGGUGCAUAGAUGUUUUGAAUUUUAAUACAGUUAAAUCAUAUCAGUCUUUUA